CCAAAGAGGAAAACGAACCCCGGCCUGCAAGGAUUCCACUGAAUCUUUUAUCAUUUUGACUCUGCUCAACCUAUCCAGUUUUUUUCUUUUUUGCUGUCUGCUUUUUAAAAGAAUUGCCUGUCAUUUUCAGGAGGUGCUCUCACACUCAGGAUCUGGGUUGUGAUCCAAAAAAGAAAAAAAGGGAAGAAAAGGUAGGAGUCAACAGACAGGAGGAUGACGUCCUGUCAGUCACACAUGGAACCAAUGGCAGUUUUCAAAGCAUUCUGACUGAAGGGAGGAUCUCUGCUGCUCCUCGUCUGACUGUCCUGUGUGACAAAACCUCAGAUGAAGGGGUUCCAAAGCUGCUGUCUUGCUUUCCUGCUCCUCCACAGGACUGAGCCCACUGCUGCUGCUGCUGCUGCUGCUGCUGCUGCUGCUGCCGUCCUGUGGAUGAUGCCUGUUGCUCUGCUGAGCUCUGCAUUGCUGCUCAAAACCACUGAAGCUGCAGCUGACGCUCCUUUUAGGAAGCUCCCAGAAGCUGCUGGUGUCUCCUCCAGUCAAACUAUUACACCCAGAGAGAGGCGCACCCUGCUGGACUUCCACAACCGGGUCCGUUCUCAGGUUCUCCCUCCUGCUGCUAAUAUGGAGCUCAUGGUUUGGGACGAGGGUCUGGCAGCGUUGGCGUUCUCCUGGGCUUCUCAGUGUCUCUGGGAUCACGGGCCCAGACAAGUUAUGAAAUAUUUGGGCCAAAACUUGUCAAUAACUUCAGGAAGGUACAAGUCCAUCGUUGAACCUCUGCAGUCCUGGCACAGUGAGAGGCGGGGCUUCUCGUACCCAGACAGAUGCAGUGGAUCUGUGUGCUCUCACUACACUCAGAUGGUCUGGGCGAGCAGCAGCAGAGUGGGAUGUGCUGUCAGGAAAUGCUCAAACAUGCAUGUUUUUGGAAAAACCUGGAAGGAAGCAACACUGCUGGUUUGCAACUACUCUGUCAAGGGAAACUGGGUGGGAGAAGCUCCUUACAAGACUGGGAAACCUUGUUCUGUCUGUCCGUCCAGCUAUGGAGGCUCCUGCUGGAGAAACCAGUGCUCAGCAAACUCCAAACUCCAACCACUUUAGAUCAAGAUCCAUGCAAAGUUUGUUUUUUUAAUGGAAA